CUUGUCGUAGCGGCUGACAGCAAGGCCAUUCAGCCCAGAGCCCUCUGGCAGUUCCGCCAAAUGAUCCUGUGCAGGAUUCCAAGCAGCCGGCCCUUGCUGGAUUUCAGUAACUACGGCUGUUACUGUGGAGUUGGGGGAUCUGGGACCCCGGUGGACGAACUGGACAAGUGCUGUCAAAUCCAUGAUAACUGUUACAGUGAUGCUGUGAAGCUAAAGGAAUGCUGGCCAAUCAUUGACAAUCCUUACACCAUCAUCUACAGUUAUACCUGUUCUGAGAACACCAUUGCCUGCACCAGCAGAAAUAGACCGUGUAAGAUGUUUGUCUGUGAAUGUGACCGUAAGGCAGCCAUCUGCUUCUCUGCAGCAAAAUACAAUCAACAGUAUAAGAAUCUGGACCAAUCUCAGUACUGUAAAUAG